UCGACCGAGUAAACAAAAACAUAAUCGCCGUCGGUCUUCUCAGUAAUGUGAAGAAGAAUAUUUGCCUUCUUUUCUAAGGCAAGACGUUUUAGUCAGAGAGCACAAGCCUGUCAAAAUCUUACAAGAAUCUAGCCGAGGCCAUACCUCGUGUAAAAUACCAUCACCUCUAAGUGUGGAUUGCUCGCUCUUUACUAGCGUGACUCUCACUCUAAUAGUGUCGAUAGACGCUUCCAGGUAGCUAUGGGAAAGAGAAAGUUCCAGGACUACUUGCCUGACCUCUGCCACAGACGUUAUAUAUGCGUACACUGUAGAGCUCACCUAGCUAAUCACGAUGAACUCAUAUCAAAAUCUUUUCAAGGCAGCCAAGGAAAGGCCUAUCUUUUCAAUAAAGUUGUUAAUGUUGAUCAUGGUCGUGCUGAAGAGAGAGUUCUGCUAACUGGCUUGCAUGCUGUUGCAGACAUUUACUGCAACAACUGCAAGACAACACUCGGCUGGAAAUAUGAGCAUGCUUAUGAAAGCAGUCAGAAGUACAAAGAAGGUAAAUUCAUCAUUGAAUUGGCACACAUGAUCAAAGACAAUGGUUGGGACUGAGGCCAAGACAGAGACUCAUUCCCGAUUUCUCAUUCUCAGAAUUACAUGUUAAUAAUUUCCGUACCAUACACACCGCCCGCCCACACACUCGUUAUUAAUCAUCAAGAACUCCAACUAUUUUCUGUAUUUCAUCAGCAA